GUGUGUGGUGCCUCUGGAGAGAAUGGGAUAAGAAAGCAGUGUGGGCUCUGUGUGCGAGGAGCGGGGUGUAUGUGUGUGUAUAUAUGGCCUUGGGGAGAGGAGGGGUACGUAUGGGUGCCUUGGGAGAUGUCAGGGUGCCAGAGGGAGGUGUAGGGUACCCGCUGAGCUUUUGCAGAUGGAAAAACAGGGGAGUUGGGUGUCCCUUCUCCAACUCCUGGCUGUGUGAGCCGAACCAGGACAGGUGUCCUCGAAGGCUUGUGCAGCGCCGUGUUUCGAUAGCCAAGGAGGUCUGUGCUGCGAAUGGCUCCUAGAAAACAAAACCUCAUGAAAUUUUGAUUGCCUGGAUUUAAUGGGGCUCCGAUAGCAGAGGGGAGGUACUGUGACCACGGUCUUGGAAACUCCCAGAGGGAAUAUGAAAGGCAAGUUGUACUCUACAGCAUCCGCAAUCAGUUACGAUACCGGAAUAACUUAGUUAAGCAUGUCAAGAAAGAUGAACGUAAAUAUUAUGAAGAACUGUUAAAAUACAGUCGAGAUCAUCUCAUGUUGUACCCUUAUCAUUUGUCUGACAUCAUGGUGAAAGGUCUGAGGGUAACACCAUUUUCCUAUUACACAGGCAUAAUGGAGGAUAUAAUGAAUAGUGAAAAAAGCUAUGAUUCUUUACCCAACUUCACUGCAGCUGAUUGUCUAAGACUUCUCGGCAUAGGAAGAAACCAGUAUAUUGAUCUAAUGAACCAAUGUAGGUCUUCAAAAAAAUUUUUCAGAAGGAAAACUGCUCAUGAUCUGUUACCCAUGAAGCCUGUGGAGAUUGCUAUAGAGGCGUGGUGGGUCGUGCAGGCCGGCUACAUCACUGAGGAUGACAUCAAGAUUUGUACUACAUCAGAGAAGUCUGCUAUUGAUAAGAUAAUUGAUUCAGGUCCUCAGCUGGCUGGUUCAUUAGACUUCAAUGUAGUUCACAGUUUGUAUAACAAAGGAUUUAUUUACCUUGAUGUACCAAUAUCUGAUGAUAGCUGUAUAGCAGUGCCACCACUUGAAGGUUUUGUUAUGAACAGAGUGCAAGGUGAUUACUUUGAAACGCUCCUUUACAAGAUAUUUGUUUCAAUAGAUGAACACACUAAUGUGGCAGAGCUGGCAAACGUGUUAGAGAUUGACUUAUCUUUAGUAAAGAAUGCUGUGUCCAUGUAUUGUCGGUUAGGCUUUGCUCAUAAAAAAGGCCAAGUAAUAAACCUGGAUAAUCUUCAUCCAUCGUGGAAGAAUGUUCCUUCAGUAAACAGACUGAAGAGUACUUUGGAUCCUCAAAAGAUGCUGCUUUCAUGGGACAGUGGGGAAAACAGAAGUCCUGUACAGGAAGCUGGGUCAUCAGCCACAGAUACAGAUACCAACAGUCAAGAUGAUCCAGCUGAAACAGCCAGCGUGAGCAGCCUGAACCUGUCUAGUGGGCACACAAAGCGCAUUGCCUUCCUGUUUGAUUCUACUCUCACUGCCUUUUUAAUGAUGGGAAAUCUUUCACCAAACUUGAAAAGUCAUGCAGUCACUAUGUUUGAAGUUGGGAAGCUGUCAGAUGAGAGUCUUGACAGCUUCUUGGUGGAGCUGGAAAAGGUUCAAAGCACAGGUGAAGGGGAAGCACAGCGGUACUUCGAUCAUGCACUUACACUGAGAAACACGAUACUGUUUUUGCGGCAUAACAAAGACCUGGGGGCACAAGCUGUACAGCCUGAUCAACCAAACAACGGGUUCCCCUUGGACCUGUUACGAUGCGAGAGUUUGCUCGGUUUGGAUCCAGCGACCUGCAGCAGAGUUCUCAACAAAAACUAUACUCUGCUGGUUUCCAUGGCACCACUCACCAAUGAAAUUCGACCGAUUAGUAGCUGCACACCCCAGCACAUUGGACCUGCAAUACCAGAAGUCAGUUCAGUUUGGUUCAAACUCUAUAUUUACCACAUAACUGGACAAGGACCACCCUCUCUGUUGCUUUCUAAAGGAACACGCCUUCGAAAACUUCCAGACGUUUUUCAGGGUUAUGAUCGCUUACUAAUAACAUCUUGGGGUCACGACCCAGGAGUAGUUCCUACUUCAAAUGUGCUCACAAUGUUGAAUGAUGCUUUAACACAUUCUGCUGUUCUAAUUCAGGGGCAUGGCAUGCAUGGAAUGGGAGAAACAAUGCACAUACCUUUCCCAUUUGAUGAAGCUGAGCAACAGGGAGACUUCUCUCGUGUGAACAUGGGCAUUCAUACGGCUUUAAAAAUAUUGAGAAACAAAGUGGACUUGCAGCAUUUUUGUGGCUAUGUCACAAUGUUGAAUCCUUCAAGUCAACGUGCUAAUAGAAAGCUGAGUGAUACUUCUGAUGGAAGAGGAGAGACUGAACUAACAUCAGGAUCUGAUGUAAAUGGGAGCACAGAAUCAUUUGAGAUGGUAAUAGAAGAAACCUCAGUGGAUUCUGCAGUCAAACAAAACCUUGAAGUACCCACAAAUGAACUGGAAUGGGUUCCACUGGAAUUAUGCUUUGGCAUUCCACUAUUCAGCUCUGAAUUGAAUCAGAAGGUCUGCAGAAAAAUCGCCACUCAUGGAUUAUGUAGAAAAGAAAGCCUUCAAAAACUCUUACAUUCCAGUAGAAAGCUGUCUCUUCAGGUCCUUAAUUUUGUUCAUUCAUUCCAGGAAGGUAUUUCAACACUGGAUCAGCUCCAUGAUGCUGGUUCUUCAAGUUCGCUUUUGCAGCCAAUUUCUGCAGACGUGGGUGUUCCUCUUCCUGCCAAGAAUCUCAUGUUCAAGGAAGGUGUAUUAUCCGAAUGGAACGGAUGGGCCCCUUCUUCAGUUUUUUUCAAUCACACUUAAGGAACAAGUCAAACAGAGGUUCUUGAGCAUUGAUCACUAAAUGCCUUUCUUCUAUUAUGGUUAAUUCCUAGUGCCAACCACUAAGAAGUUGUACUGCUGCUGCAGCAUAACCCAUGUAAAAGUAGUGUUACAAAAAUGUGUUGUGUUGCAGUAUUGGGGAAGUACUUAAACUGUCUAGAACUUGUUACUCAUUACUGCAUAUCUUGCUGCAACAGAGAGCUUUUUAGCUGUCAGCACUAUUUUUAUCUUGAGACAAUCUUUCUUUUAUAAUUAAACAUGCCCUUUCUAGGCUUUCUGAUGAUUGUUAAAUUUCUAUGCUGUCACCACAAAAUUGCAAUAGUAGUUUUCUAUGUUCGUUACUCAGACAUGAAUUCUGUUUAGUUUUGUACUGUAUUACUGAAAAUCUUUCUGUAUAAAGGUAAGAGAUUUGUCUCUUCCUCUGAAAGCUCAGUGAUACCAAGUGAUUAAAAAAAAAGUAUCAUGGUGAUAUGGGGCAUUAAGAAUUGUUGAAUUCAGCUUAACAGUGGGAUCUUGACAAAUCAGUACAAUGGCAAGAGGAGACUGAGGUAGUGCAGACUCAAAGUCCUGCUGAUGACCUAAGGCCGCUUUGAAGAUGCUGCACUUUCAUCUCUGGCAGAAUUUGAUGGAGGUAUGGAAUUGUGGAAGGUCUGAAGUGGUCAUCUCUGUUCGCAGAGUUCAUAGUGAUAAUGGACUCAUCCUGCUCUUUGUAUGAAAGCAGGAGUGUAUGAGAUCUGAUCACACUGGGAGUUAGUCUGCUGUAACUUGAAGCUGUUGAUGAUUUCUGUUUGUGGGCAAACUCUUGUUGUCAUAAGUUGAGUUUAAGGGAUAUAACUAGUUCUGUCUUAUUGAUUAAUGUUUGAAAGAACAGAGCUCUUGAUUUUUCAUGUCAGUCAUUAGCAAAGAAAGGUAACAGCAGAGGAUGUAUAGGCAGAGACUUCUCUGAAUCUGUGUUCCUUGAACCAUUAACUAUUGAUUAUGACAAAAACUAACAGCUAAAAUCAUGUUCUGGCUCUGUUUGUAGGGGAUGAUUUUAUGUAACAUGAUUUUACUUUGUUUAUAUUAGGUAGUAACUUCUUGCCAGCUUAAAAAAGUCUGUCCCGUUUAGCACACAAGGAGAACAGGAGAAUGUAAUAUGUUAAGACUUCUUUGCCAACUCCCUUCUUUACUAGAGCUGCCUUGUUUUAAAUAGUCAUAAUUAAAAUGGGACUUAACUGUCCUGUCAUUACUAGCCUGCAAUACAUAAUGGGCCAAAGAUCUGUGGUACAGAUGAUGCUGGACAGCAGCAAGGAGGAAAAUGGCAACAUUUGGGUUUGUAUCCUGUUCUGCAUGGCUAUAAGAAAAAUCAGGACAGAAGCUGGAAAAGGACAAAUGCACCACGAUAGGACAGUGCAGUGACUUCAGUUACAACUGUGAAAAUUCCUUUCUCUUUCCUUUGCUUUAUGUACAUUCCUAGUGUAAGUGUAGGACUUGCGCUCUAAAAAACUGGAAGUCUGUAGUACUUCGGUUUACUCAGUGCUGCUUUCUUACAUCUGUUUUUUUCUGGAAUUUUACCAACAACAGCUGAACUUACUAUUCUGCAUAUAUUACAGAGUUACAUUAUCCAUAUGAAGUUGAUCAUUUAUACUACAGUGACUUCUGUACUGGACACGCAUAUUCUCCAUAGUGGUUUUUAAGUUGCCUUAUUUCCUUCAAAUGAAAUUGAGGAGGAAUUGGAUGUCAGUCUGCUAGAAAUGGCAAACAUUUACUGUGAGAACUGUUACAGGGAGAUUAAGCCACUACCUAGCACUGCAGAGUAAUUAAGCAGUAGGUGAUGGCUUACACUUUCAGGACUAUAGAUGUUACUUUAAGUGCUACAGUAAGCUGCAGUAGGUGAGCUAGUUUGCUGUUUUGUAUUGAAUUUUGCCAUGCACUGUCUAUACUAGUAUGUAAAGUGAUGAUAGUGCCAGUUUUAUGGAAGUUUGAAAAUAGAUGAAAACUUAUUGUUCUCACUGCAUAUUCUUCAGUGUUGCUAAGUGAAGGAUGCCCUUUGUUAUUUAGGUGGUCUAAAGUAAAGUUUCUAAAUAAAAGUAGAGUUGUUUAAUCCCCAUAAGUCUUCUGGUGAGAAUUCCAGAUAUGUUUCAGUUUUUUAGAACUCGGCCACUCUAAUUUAGGGGCUUCAACUCUGGUUUAGAGCUUAAAUAUUCAAGUCUGCAUAUCUGAAGUUUACUGAAUAGAUUGCAACCAAAGAAGUCCACUGAAAUACCUGAAACUCUACUACAGCACCAGUGCUUGGGAUGGUCAAGAGGCUUCAAACUAUGUGACUUUUGUUUUAAAUAUGGUGUAAAAACCCAAAAGAUCUCAAAGAUCUUCAUACCAAAAGAACCUAUUUUAUAUUGUAUUGCAAAUAAAGACAAAUUAAAUCAAUUUCUUUUCUUCAGGUAGUUUUAUUGACUGUGGAGAAAAUCAUAUGCAUUACACAUUGUAAACCCGUUUUAAGUUUCUGUUUCAGCAAGAUUUUUAAUUUGCAGAAGAGAGCUUGGCUUUGUGCUCUGACACAGCCCAAGUAGUAUUGAAGCCAGAUGGAUAUACCUGAAGAUGUUCAGGAGCCAGUUAGGAAGUGUGUUAUGUUUGUUUUCAGUUUUUUUGAUCAUGACUUAUUAUUGCACAGUUCUUUUUUUCUUUUCCUUCAUUGUUCUCAAAUUUCCCCUUACUUUCUUGUUCAGUGUUUCAAAUGUUUUGUAUUUUGAAAGUUUUAAAGUACAACUGUAACCAAAUACAGUUGUGCUCUUCUAGUGUGACAUUGUUAAUAUUAUAAAUUGAAUUGUACAAAGUCUGUGUUCAAUUAAAUUAUUGACACAUGUAACAAAUGUUUACAAAUAAACUGUGGUGUAGGUCAAACCAUGUGCAGAA